AUGACAACCAUACAGUCAGAAUGCCCAAGAUGUUUUUGUGAGGCCGAUUCCAUUACAGGCGUUACAAAAUAUAAGGAAGCGGUAUUGAGAAGAGUGAAGAAGAACAAUUCGAACUUCGGAAGAUAUUUUUACGGAUGCGAAAGACAUGGCAGGAGCGACUGUCUUCCAGCAUGUGAUUUUUUCAAAUGGGUGAAUGCUGGUGAUGGCGAAGGAGAGGCAGGACAAUUACCUAACCCUGUUCCAAUUAUGAAUGGAAGAGCCAGUGUGGCAGCCGCACACCCUUUUAAUACAAUUAACGUAAAUGACUUGAAUAAUGUCGUAACUGCCCGACCUAUUCUCCCCACAAAUUACGAUACACCUCUUACCGGGUCACUUUCAAACCCUUCUUGCGUUCCUUCGCUGGCUGCUGCAAACUCUCACUCUUUUCCAUCCAAUCCUCCGUUGAUACACACGCCUACAUUAUCAUCUGUCGUACCAAACACAAAUCUAGAACACACUCUGCUUUGUUACAUUCGUAGGCAAGAUCGGAUUAUUCUUGCAAUGACAAAAUCGAGGAACUUUAUGCGUGACCACGCUGCAAAUCUGGCAAAACAGCGAGACGAAAAGGAGAGAGAAUAUAUCGAAUUGCACAGAAAAUGGACAAACUUGCAAGGAAAGUUGGACGAAGACGAAGAUGAUAAUGCCGAUAACAAAAUGAAUUUUAGUUUAUAUGGGCUCGCCGAUGACGCCAACAUCAACAUUACCGUUACUGAUAUCAGUAAGUUGGACCAUAUGGACAAUAUCAGCAGGACUGAUUAUACUGAAAAAGUUGAUGCAUUGGACAUUCCUUCCAACGUUGUUCAAGACGACGAUGUUACUACAACCAUUGCACCACCACUUUUCCUUACACUCCCAUCAACAUCGACAUUCGCAGCAGCAUUUGGCAAUCUCAACGAAAAAUCCAAGACCACAGGGAACAAUACACAACAGGAUGUUGAAGUGGAGGGACAGGCGGGAGCCGGUUUGAUCAAAAUCGUCAUGACAGGCACAUACAAUAUUCGUCGCGUGUCAAUUGAUUCUAGUCUGCUUGAGGACAAGCACAUACUGGAAGACUUUGUGAUGGCUGCGUUCAAUGAUGCAAGGCGUAAAUUCGGGACAUCAACUGAAGAACCUUCAGAAAGUUUGUUGAGCCGUUCGCCACUAUCACUGGGCUUCAAAUCGCCGUUCUACAGAACGGAGCGGGAACAGCGGACGGAAGAAUCUCGUCCUGCCUCACUUGACAGGGAAUAUGAAGACUCUACAAUCGUUAAUUCACGAUUGUCAAUGUCCGCAGAGUUUGACAGUCUCAAGGAGAAAGUAAAAUCCUUGGAAAUAGAAAACGAUAGUUUGAAGAAACGCGCCAAGAAACUCUGUUCCACCAUAGAGUCAGAGAAAGAGUCACUUAAACAAACGAAUUCGGACCUAUUGGUCAAAGUGGAUUUCCUUAAAACAACAAAAGGUCUUUUGACGACAAAACUUGAGGACUUAAAUUCAAAAAUAAGUUCGCUCGAGGAGGACAACGAGAAACUGAAAGCUCACGUAGAUACACUUGAAGAAGAGAAAAAGAAGUGUAGGACGAUAUGUGAAGUGGAUGUUGAAGAAUUUAGAAAGCGGGCUAUUGAAGCAGUCAGAAAAGCAGAGAGUUCGAUAAACACGACUGCGUCACUGCAAGAAGAAAUAGAUGAACUGAAACUCAAGGUUCGCGAAGUGGAGGUAAAAAGAGAUUGGUGGAGAGUACAAGCAGAAAUAAAGGAGAAGGAUAAUGAAUUGCUAAGAGAUGAACGGGAUUUUGCCCGUGAAAUGGAAGAGAAGUAUCUGAAGGAAUUAUUGGAAUGGAAAACCAAGGCUACCGCAGGCGCGGCGUGA